UGCCGCCGGCUGGGCCGGGGCCGCGGCUGCCCGGGUGGAGCGGUUUGUGCUGAGUGUCCGGUUCCAAAGCCACCCCUGUGUGCCCUGGGCACAGCCCUGGGUCAUGGCUGCUGCUGUUGUGGGUCCCCAAGAUGCCUGCAGGGCUGGAGCAUCUGCCCUGGGAGGAGGAUGGAGGAGAGACCCCCCAGCCGCCCCCGGGCAGCCUGGGAGAAGGAGGACGGGCACCCCCGCAGCCCCCGGGCGGCCCAGCAGCAGGACGGGGCUGCCCAGGGGAGCAGCUCUGCCCCGGAACCCUGUGAGGGGUGCGAGCGCCAGGCGUCGCAGAGCCCACCGAGCAGUGCAAGGUCUUCCAUCUGCAGCUGGUCAGCGCUGUCCAGAGAGGAUGAGGAAGCCCUGGAGUUCAUCCGGGACUUUGUGAGCGGCAGACAGAAGGAAGAGGUGCAGAAGCUGAAGUUUCUCGCAUCCAUCUGCACCCUCUGCAGAGGCAGCAGCUCCAAGGCCUUGUCGUGGGGCCUGGAUGUUUUCUGCUGCAGAUACGAGCUGGCCGAGCAUAUCAAGGUGCUGCUGGAAGAGGAGCCCCUGGACCAGCUGGGCACAGCAGUACGUCAGCAAGCCAUGGUUGCUCUCACGGCAAUGAGUGCAGUGGAGCCAGUUCUGGAGGGCCAAAAGAGCAGCCUGCUGCAUGCCUGCUUCAGGAGUGUCUUCUUGCUUCCUCCCAAAGAAGACAUGGAGAAGCUGGACACAUCCCUGUAUUCCAAGACCUUGGAGAGCAUGGACAGCAUGCUGGAGGUGCUGGUGCUCAAGUCUGCCACUUCCAGCCUCCUGGAGCUGCAGCAUAUCUUGCAGCUCCUGUUGCCCUUCACAACCUCGGAGAGAGCAGCUGUGCGUGAGAGGGCCGUGGGGAGGAUUGGAAGGCUGAGCAACUUGCUGGCCAACUAUUCCUCGCUGGAGGUCUGGUGCCCCUUUGGAGGAGUUGAUGAGAGCCCCACCUGCUCUGGAAAGAUCUCUGUCCCAAUGCUGGGACAGCUGGUGGGGCGUCUCAUCCUUUGCUGCGCUUAUGAGGACGCGGAGACGAACCGUGGCGCUUUGGAUGCUCUUCAUUGCCUGUUCAGAUUCGUCGUGCAACGAAAACGCAGGGAGCCCUUUCAGGAUGAUGCAGAGCAUGUAGAGUGCCAGAAGGAGGUGGAAGCUGAGGAUGCGCUCUGCCUUUGCUGGACCAGCAACAUCAGUGUGAUCAUGAGGCUGUUUGUGAAAAACCUCCAUCCUUCUGAGGCGACCGACGUCAUUGUAACAGCCAUGGAGGGCAUGAGGAACUGCAGCAGCUACAGCACGGUGGUGGCUACCCACCUGCUGAACGUGUUCGUGCUGGGCGCUGUCUCUGCACUGGAAGACGUGCCGCGGAUCAUCAGGUGCCUCUACCGAAACCUGAAGUACGUCAGGGAGUUCUCGGCCCGGGUCACGCUAAACAGGACCCUUUGCCAGCUGGCCUGCUCGAAGCCUGCUGAGGUGACCGUGAGCCUGCUGUACUGCUCGCCACUGUGCAACAGCACUGCGCAGCCCUGGUGCAUCAAGCAGGCGUUCAGAAGCCAGAGCUGA